AUGCAUUCAUGCUACAAGUGCUCGUCUGCUUACACAAUCAAGGCCCUGCUUGAGCACAUAACGUCACCGCAUAUCAAAAUGGCUAUUGUAGGUCCCGGAUGUUCUAUUUCAGCCAAACCUGUUGCCGAAUCAGCACAUUUUUGGAACCUCGUCCAGGUUGCAUAUGGGGCGGGAAAUUCCCGACUGACUGACAAGAGUAAAUAUCCUCUGUUCUAUCGUGUAAACUCACCAGAAACAAUCACAAAUACAGCGAUGGUAGCAAUUCUCAAGUACUUCAAUUGGAAGAAAGUCACCAUUGUCAAACAAGAUGUAUCAAUCUUCAAUGACGUGCAAGAACAACUAAAUGUCCUUCUCAGGAAGAAUAACAUUUCAGUGAUUUCUACGAACAGUUUUGUGAACGACCCGACCAAUGCUGUACACGAUAUGUUGGAAAAAGAUUCUCGAAUAAUAAUCGCUCUGACUUACGAGAAGAAAUGCAGACAAAUGAUGUGUGCGGCUUAUCAACAAGGUUUCUAUGGUAACCACAUACAAUGGCUGCUGAGGGGCUGGUACGAGUAUCGAUGGUGGACCAUUAAUGAUACUGUAUGUAACAAAAGUGACAUACGAACUGUGCUUGGGAACUACAUUGGUGUUGAAGAAAAAACAUUGAGUACAGAUGAGAGGAUGACAAUUUCUGGAAGGACGCCUUCAGAGCUGCAAACAUUGUACGAAUCCAAGGCCCAUAAUAUGUCAUUACCAAGAAACARCUACGCACCUUACGCCUACGACGCGCUCUGGACAAUCGCACUUGCGUUGAAUCAGUCCAUCAAGAUAUUAAAGAAAACAAACAAGACUCUAUCAGACUUUCAUUACAACGACACUGAUAUGGCAUCAAUUUUUACAAGUUUAAUUGCAAAUACUAGYUUUUAUGGGAUGUCGGGACUUGUAGAGUUUGAGAAAAAUGGCGACCGCAUUAACAACCUUUGGAUCGAACAACUUCAAAACGACGAUGAAAUAAGAGUUGGUGUUUUUCAAAGUGAAGCAAAGCAGCCGUCAGUAGAUCUUAUCAAAGUAAACCACACUUUAUGGUCAUGGCCAGGUGGUAAAAUCCCUAAAAGUGAACCAGAGAUAAUAGAGUCCAUGGCAACAAUGAGUAAUUCAGUAUUCAUCACCAUGGCAACGCUGACGAGCUGUGGUAUAUGUAUGGCAUGUGGAUUUCUAUGCUUCAAUGUUAUUUACCGCACAAACAGUCACAUCAGAAUGUCUUCACCUCACCUCAAUAACCUGAUCAUCAUUGGCUCGCUGAUGGGGUAUUUCUGCGUCUUUCUUCUCGGGUCAGCGUCUUUCCUUAAUGAGAAUCAGAUAUCGAUUUACAGAAUUACAUGUAUAAUACGACAAUGGUUUAUGGCAUGUGGAUUCACGCUAGCAUUCGGCACCAUGUUUGUCAAGACUUGGCGUGUUUAUAAAAUAUUUACAAACAAUAACUUAAUUAAAGAGCUUGGUUAUUUACACGACCGCCAUCUUGUUGUGCUACUUGGUCUUCUGCUUAGUGUAGAUAUCUUAAUGUUGUCUGCUUGGCAGAUCUUUGAUCCAGUUCAAGCAACAAUCCAACCAUUUGAAAAGAUUUCAAGUACUGAUAAUAGAAGAAUUUACUAUUAUAAUGUAUUUCAUUGUGAAAGUGCUCACCAAACGGCUUGGACAGCCUCAACAUAUUCCUACAAGGGACUUUUAUUACUUUUUGGGUUAUUCCUGGCCUGGGAAACAAGAAAUGUGAACUUUCGCCCUCUAAAUGAUUCACGUUACAUAGGAAUUAGUGUUUACAAUGUGGUCCUGUGGGCCUGCAUAUCUGUACCAUUGAACAUUUGGGUCACUAAAAAAAGUGUUGAUGCAGACUUUGGUCUCUUUGCGGCUGCAAUGAAUAUCUGUGCAUCCUCAACCUUGAUUCUUGUAUUUGGUCCAAAGGUUUGGACAGUGAAAAAAGUAGCCACUUCAACUAUUUAUCCAACUGAUUCUAAAAUUGAGACUGAAAUUUCGAAGCAAACCAAACGACAUGCAAUGUGUCCUGGAUGUAAAUGUGAAUAGUUUUUAUCCAGCAGGCAGCAAGAUGUAUCCAAACUGYACCCAUACUUUUUCAYGACGAAAGGAUAUGUUGUACAAAUUAGUCACAAACUAGGAUGCAUUAAAUGUGAGAAGCUUUAAUGUCCUGGCCACAGAGAGACUUCCCAAAAGUGCCAGCUAGACAAGCUAUGCACCUCUACAGGUGGCAGCAGAGGCCAUUGAUGACUUUGAAAUCUCAUAAUACCAGAUAGAAAUAUUUGAGAUUAACUGCUACUGAAAAAAACACUCUCAUUGAUUAAACCUCUCAGAAACCCUAUUGUAUUUGAGAAGCUCAAUUUUUCAAAGAAAGCUUUGUCAUGUUCUUUUGAUAUUCAAUUCCAAUUUGAUGCCAUUCACCAUUUUCAUGAAAACUGUAUAUCAUGAAAAACUAUUUUAUCUAGAGAGCUCAAAUUUUCAAGGAUAAGCAUUUUAUGCCAUGUUCUUUUGAUAUUCAUAUUAUACCUUAAUGCUUUCAUCCUUGCCUUAAUCUAUAAUCAAACGACAUCAAACUGUACAGAUUCACUUACGCCAUUUYUUUGCAAACAAUGACAAUAUACUACUGUACUAGCUUUGUACAUGUAUGUGUAUGUUCCUAGAGUACAAACAUUAAAUGUGUGCAACA